GACAAGCGGCAGCCCUCACAAAGUGGGAAGUUUUCGCCUAAGGAUUCAGUGUAAAAAUUAAUCACCUUCAUGUCGACUCUGUUGGAUACUAACCCGCCGAUGCUAUGGUUACCUUUAUUACGAUCUUACAGGUGAAUCUAGUGAUGUCCAUCCUGCUGUAUGUGAUGGUCCUCGUGUACCUCUAUGGUAUUCAGGCAACCAACAUGGGUAGCAGUCAACAGCAGCAGCAGCCAAGUCCAGACCCUUUAAACUCUCUCAUAAUCCAGCUGCUUCAGGCUGACCUAACAAGGGGGAAGACCAGAGGGAACCAGAGCGAGCAGGGGAAAAGCAGAGACACUGAGCCGCGGGACACUCUGCCUCCCGUCAAGAUUGAAAACUUUCCUUUGGAGGACCAAGGAGAUGCAGAGGAGUGGCUAGAAACGCGUCACAGUGAUGAUUUUCUGAUGGACCAGCCGGUGAUGCUGUUGAACUCGGACAUCCUCAGGCAACACAAGCGGUAUAACUCACCGCGAGUGCUACUGAGCGACCGGCCUCCACUGCAGCCACCGCCAUUGUACCUUUCUGAUAAUUUUGUGAGCAGUGUACCGGUCUUAGGGGCAGCAGGAAACAAGACACGAAAGAAGCGUCACACUGAGCACAAGAGCUACCGGGGGGAAUAUUCUGUUUGUGACAGUGUGAGCGACUGGGUGAUGAAUAAAACGUUAGCAUACGACAUCAAGGGACAGCGCGUGACUGUUCUGGCCAAGUUUAAAACCAGUGCCACAAAAGACAUCAGACAGUUCUUUUAUGAGACACACUGUCGGACCUCCAAGCCUGUCAAGGAUGGCUGCAGGGGCAUUGACGACAAGAACUGGAACUCACAGUGCAAGACGGCGCAGUCGUAUGUUCGAGCACUGACACAGUUUCAAGAUCAAGUGAGCUGGAGGUGGAUACGCAUAAACACUUCCUGUGUCUGUGCAUUGUCAAAGAAACGUCGCAGGACGUAAGAGACUUGUUGGGAAUUCUACUUCCUGUAUAGGAUUUUAUUUCCUGCUCACAGUGCUUCCCAUCACAGGAUUAUGUGUCAUGUCGGUGACCAGCAACAAUCUGCUAUAAAGUGAUGCUUCUACUGAAGAAUCUUAGGUCCAUUUAAAUGAUAUUUCAACAUUAAUGUGCUGCUCUAAAUCCAAACGCUGGUGCAGCACUGAGGAACUCACUU